UGGCAAAAAAUCGAAGUGCGUCAAGAUUUCCCAUCAGCAUUUUUCAACUCGGUGUAUUUUUUCUCGAAAAGCGAUGAAAAAGUGUCCAUCGUCGGCGGAAAAUAGUGCAAAAGUGUGCGGUCAGGUGCAGUGGACCUAAAGAUACUAAAAUUUUCCUGUUUGCUUCGGGUUUCGUAGGCGAAAAAUUGUUUACAAAAGUGUUCAAAUUUAACAUCUCGGGAUUCUUUUCUUCCUUCUGCCUCCCGUUUGGGGACGGCUGCUAGUGUCGGUGUGUUGGUAGUUUUUCCGAGUUCCGUAGUUUGUAUACACAACACACGCUUGCGUAUUUUUUUUUCUUCCUCCUGUUCUACGACUACGGACGGCCACCGCAAGAGCUACGGAGCAUUGGUUUCGUGAUUUGUUGUGUUUGUGCUCGGUCGCUCGGGGACAGAGUGAUGAAAGUGUUUACCGACAAUGGUCGCGGUGGAUUAUUUUCCGUGAAAAUAGUUAUAAUCUCGCCCAGAUUGUCAUUGUUGUCCUACGUGUGCCAUAACAGUAGCAGCACUGCCCAAGACGAUGAGUGUGAACGAUGAAAGUGGACCGGCGAACGAUUCUGUGGCUAGCACUUCCUCGGGAGUAACCUCCGCGACGGCAGCAGCAUCAGCAACAGCCACAGCCACCAGCGCUCUGGAGAAUCUGAAGAUACGGGACGAUCUGUUCAGGAGUGUCAAGUGCUUCAUCACCGGAACGCUAGAUCCUAAGAUCGCCAAGUUGCUCGAAGAUGGCGGAGCAUCAAUCUCCUCCUACAUGGACUUUAUUACCCACGUCGUGUGCGGUGCCAAUUACGACGAAAACGACAUAGCCCAAGCGGCGGAACUGUACGACGUUCCUUCCGUCACGGAAGCUUGGGUACUGGCAUCGGUCCGUCUAGGUCGAUUGGCGUCCACAAAGGCGUACUUCCCGCUCAAGUCGGCCUUGUUUAGUAAUCUCACAUUUGCCGCUACCCAGCUGGACAAUAGAGAUCUGAAGAAAUUGUACACAGUUAUCACCUUCAACGGUGGCAAGGUUAGGAAUCUAUUCGAUAGACAGACCACACAUUUGGUUAGUGGAAAUACCAAGGGUUCGAUUUACGCCAAGGCAGCCAGCGUAGGCGGCGUAACUGUAGUCACUCCCGACUGGGUUAUUGAGAGUUUGAAAGCAAAGAGCCUCAUAGCUAGCGCACCCUAUCAUCCACGAUUAGUCAUUACACCUAGAAUAUUCAAGCAAGCACCGCGCCCGGCAACUCCGGCACAAAAAACGGAACCAGAAAAGCCUCUAUCAAGCAUAAUUGGUUUUGAUUUCGAGGAAAAUCUUGCCAAGACAGAAGUUCCGACUAGCGGUAGCAAUAAGAAGGAAGAAGAAGUCCCAGUGUCACAAGGUCAACCAACGAUCCAAGAGGCUCCGAAAACUGUAGCCCCAGUUCAGACGGUACCAGUGCAGCAACAGCCGCAACAGCAGCAAGUUCAUCAAAACUACCAAAGCCAGCAACAAACCGCCGGUCCUAGGUUGGUCAGACCACCAGGGCCACAACAAGCACAACUACAGCAGCAGCAGCAGCAUCAGCAACAACCCCAAGUACAGCAGCAACCAUCGCAGAACCUGAACAGGCCUAUUGGACCGAUCAACCAAGUUGUGCAACAACAACAAACACACAUUCAAAAUCAACAGUCGACUCAGCAUCAGCAGCAACAAAUACAAUUGCAACAGCAACAACAGUUGCAAAUACAGCAACAGUUUCAGAAAAUCACAAUGCAACAAUCUCAAAAUACUCAACAGCAGCAACAACAACAACAACAACAACAACAGCCAAUGCAGCAGCUGCAACUACAACCGUCAUCACAUCAGACACCACAGCAACAGCAACAGUCACAGCAGAUGGUAAGCCAAGUUCAACAAACGCAGCAACAACAACAUUCACAGCAGCUUCAACAGCAGCAACAACCAAUUCAAGGACAGAGCAUUGUUUUGCAACAACCGCUACAUCAGCAACAACAAUCACUACAACAGCAGCAACAGCAAUCACUACAACAGCAGCAACAGCAAACACUACAACAACAACAGCAUCAACAAACACUACAACAGCAACAACAACAACAACCACAACAACCACAUCAGCAGCUACAGCAACAGCUCCAAUCACCUCUGCAACAGAUGCAGUUGCAACAGCAACAUUUGCAACAACAACAGCAACAACAGCAGCAACAGCAACAACAACAACAGCAGCAGCAACAGCAACAGCAACAACAACAGCAACAGCAACAACAACAGCAGCAACAGCAAUUACAGAUCCAGCAGCAGCAUCAGCAAAAUGCUCAACUCCAACAACAGCAGCAGCAACAGCAACAGCAACAGAUUCAACAGAUUCAGCAACAAGCUUUGCAGCAACCCAACCAGGUUCAGUUGCAGCAGAAUAUUCAACAGCAAACGUUGCAACAGCAAGUUCAGCACAACGUUAAUCAAAUACAGCAGAAAAUGGCCCAGCAACAGCUACUACAGCAGCAGCAAAAGCAAUUGCAGCAGCAACAACAACAACAGCAUCAACAUCAACAGCAACAACAGCAAAUCUUGCAGUCCCAACAACAACAACAACAACAGCAGCAACAAGUGCUACAACAACACCACCAGCAGCAGCAGUCUGCACAAUCCCAACAGCAGCAGCAGCAGCUCAUUCAGCAGAAUCAAGGUCCCAUGCAACAGGGGCAACCCAACCAGCAAAUCAUACAGCAGGUUAUUCAGCAACAGCAACCACCCGGCCAACCCAAGCAAAAUAUACAGGUUGUUUUCAAAGGAGGGCAGAAUCUUCAACAGCAACAACAAACGCAACAGCAGCAGCAAAUUCAACAAAUCAUGUCGAACCUUACCGCGGGCGUUGAAGGGCCCAAUGGGCAGCAGCAACUUCAGCAGCAAAAGAUCAUUCGUCAGAUAACGAUAAACCAGGGCCCUCAGCAGCAGCAGCAGCAGCAGCAGCAACAGCAGCAACAGCAAAUGCAACUUGGUCAGCAGCAGCAGAUUCAGAUUAGUCAACAGCAGAUACAACAACUUCCAGGUCAGCAACCGGGACCACCUCAACAACAGCAGCAACCCGUUAUGAUACAGCGCACGCUUUCGCAACAACAAAUUCCUGGUCAACCAGGACAACCGGUCCAGGGAGGACAGCUGAUUCAGCAGCCGAACAUUCAGCAAUUGCAAGGUGGAAUUGGUCAACAACCGAAGAUAAUCCAACAAACGAUUAUUCAUCCUCCUUCUUCCAAUUAUCAAACCAUCACAAAGCAACUGAUAGUCGGUCAACCUCCCAAUCAGCAGCAGCAGCAGCAGCAGCAGCAACAACAACAGCUACAGCAAUCGCAACAACAGAUUCUUCAGCAACAACAAAUGCAGAAACCUGGCGGAGCUGGACUUCCGCCUGGUCAACAACCACCACAGCAGCAGAUUGUGCAACGUAUUGUGCAGCAGCAAGUUCUGCAGGGACCACCCAGCAGUGGACAAUCCGGAGGGCAACCGCAGAAUAUUGUCAUCAUCAACCAAGGCGGCAAUCAGCAGCAGAUUAUUACUUCGUCUGCUCCUGGACCUCUUCCCGGACAAAUACAGGCCAUGACUCCGCAACAACGAAUUCAAUACAUGCAGAAUUUACAGCAACAAAAGCAACACCAGCAGCAACAACAACAGCAGCAACAACAACAGCAGCAAGGUCAGCAGAUCAUCGUUAGUGGAGCCGGCCCGGGUCCUGGACAGCAGCAAGGUCAGCAAAUUCUUCAGCAACCAGUUCAAUCAGCGUCAGGCAUGGGACAAAACAUUGUCCAAAUUCACCAACGACCGCUUCAACAACAGGGUAUUCCCGGUCCGCAACAACAGCAGCAGAUUAUGACUUCUAUUGGACCGGGAAUGAUGCCUGGUCCCGGGCAACAACAGCAACCACAGCAAACAAUUGUUGUUCAACAACAACAAAUGGCUCCCAACCAGCAGCAAACCAUUAUUCAGCAGCAGAUGCUGUCUCAACAACAGCAACCGCAGCAACAGUUAAUUAUCCAGCAACCUGUUCAGGGUCCACAGCCUGGUCAACCCCAGCAACAAAUCCUACAGCAAACGCUUUCAACCAGUGGUGGAACAGUUCAUCAGUUGCUGCAGCAACCGGGUCAACAACCGGGUCAAGGUCCGGGCAUACUACAGCAGCAGAUCGUCGGCCAGGGACCUCCUCAGACUUCUCAACCUAUGGAUGGUAAUCAAAUUCUGCAGCAGACAGGUCCCAAUGGCGAAAUCAUCCAGCAGCAGUUGCUUUCUGGUCAACAGUCGAGUCAAGUUCAGCAGCAACAACAAUGGACACCACAAAGUCCUAUCCAGCAGCCGAACCAACCGAAUCAAUCUCCGAUUCAGCAAUUUCCACAGCAACCUCAAGGAAUCCCUGCUGGAGCUACCAUCAUUCAACAAACUAUUGUUCCAUCGGGUGCUGCAGUUCCUGGACAGCAACCUGGUGGUCCGCCACAGUUUAUCAGAUCUACAGUAAGACCCCAGGUUCAACGGCAGUACAUUCAACUGGAUCCGCAGACGCACGCUACAUUGCAAAAGCUGGAUCCUGCGAGUCGCCAGGAGUACAUCGAUCGUCUACAGGCAAAGCAGCGUGUUCUCAUGCAAAGACAGCAGCAGGCGGCCGCUUUCCAAGCUCGUCCGGGACAUCCUGGAGCGCAACCUGGUGUCCGUCAGCAGCAGAUCAUUUACAGAGGACCGAUGCCCCCGGGACUAAAUCAGCAGCAACAGAUGCAAUGGAUUCAGCAGCAAAACGCUCGCCAGGGUGUCGUCCGUCCGGGAGCUCCGGGACUUAGCCCUAUAACUCAGCAAAAUAUUGGUCCACCUGGAAGUCCCAUGAGCCAGUUCCCUGUAGAUCCGAAUGUUUCACCACAACAUCAACAGCGGAUGCAACUCGAACGUCAGCAGCAACAGCAGCAGCAGCAGCAACAGCACCAGCAUAGACUCAUUCAAAUGCAAAUGCAGCGAGAGCAAGCACAGAAGGGAGUUCCCGGUCAACCUCAGCAAGGGCAAGCAAUUUCUCCGCGAGGAGCUGGUGGUUUUCCACCUGAUGUUGUUGGUGAUGGAACAGCUACCAUUCAGCAAACCAUCGUGGGACCUCCCGUAGGACAUCCUCAAGAUCCAAAUGUUCCUCCCGGUUCACAACAGAUGAAGAAUCAAACUAAAACUGCUCUUGCCAAUAUGCUUAGCAACCGCCUUGGGGCCAAUGGAAGCGUUGUUCCUAAUAUCCCUGAAGUGGCUGCAGCAGCUGAACCAUCAGCAGCUGGAACUCUUCGGAUGAUGACCGCACAACACAAUGCAGCACUGCAGCAAACCAUGACACCUCGCUCGCCUCAGGAUUUACUAGCAAUACAGCAACAGCAGCAACGUCGUACGCUUGGAAAUAUCACCAAUUCCGGAGCCCCUGUUUGUGCAGUUGCCAACCAAAUUGUUCAGCAAGUACCUCCGGGAACUCCAGGAAUUCCUCAAUCUCCAUCCGCUAUUAAGGGAGCCCCACCGUUCAGUCCAGGACGAGCUCCACUUCCUAGACCUCAGUACUACGGACAUAAUCCGAACCUCAAGCUACAUCCGGAAUUGUUCCUCCUUGGGUGCACCUUCUACAUAAUCGAGUACGACGAGACCCACAAGAAUGACGUGGAGGACUGGAAAACCAUCAUCAAGAAGCACGGUGGCGACAUAGAGCAGUGCUACAGUCCCAAAGUUACACACGUCCUCUGCCGAACGCAGCGUCAUGGCGUCGUCAUGCAGGCCAUUCGCGACGCCAAGCGCUGCAUCACUUCCUAUUGGUUGAAUGACAUUGUCCUUAAGAAGCAACUUCUUCCACCCUGGCAAGCCUUGCACCUUCCAACGCCUUCCAUCUUUGGCAAUCAGAAACCGGCCACCAAGCACAACAUGUCUAUUACCGGCUUCGAAGGCGAAGAGCGAGUGCGCAUCAAACAGAUGAUUGAGGAAUCUGGCGCCAAAAUGACACCGUACUUUAGCAAAUCGAACACGGUGCUGGUCUGCAAAAGGAUCGACAAUCAGAAAUACAAAUACGCCAAAGAAUGGAACAUUCCGACGGUGAAUACGGUGUGGCUGAGUGAUAUCCUUUUGGGCAAUCUAAGUGCGAUGCAGCAGUGCGACGGACCAAAGUAUCAGCAGUUUAAUCUGAACUGUCCGUUCCGGAUCGAUUACAACUUGGUUAUACAUUUGAUGACUGCGUGGAAAUCUCCUAUUAACUUGACUCCGGAAUCACACGAACGAGUCAAACGUAGUCUUUCUGAACCUCCUCAACCGGCUACAGCGACUAAGAAAAUGCGUACGCUUCCACCGUUGGAGCCGAUUCCGGCUGAUAUUAUUUGUCAACGGCAACCGGAUGCUGACAGUAUACCAAAUAUUAUGUUUUCUCAAAUCGAUAAUACGGAGGGAUUGACGAGGGCUGUUAUGACACUCGGCGGUCGCAUUGCUAGUGGUCCGGCGGAUGCUACGCAUCUGGUGAUGACCCGGGUGGCACGGACGGUUAAACUAAUCACCGCUAUAACCACGGUCAGGUAUCUGCUAUCGAGCAAAUGGAUUACGGACAGUGCCAUGGCCGGAUGCUUCCUGGCGGUCGAAUCUUACAAGCUGGACGUGAAGGAGCUGGACGAUAUGUUUAAGUGCGACCUGUACAAGGUGCUUGAAUCGCCCAACCGAUCGAAGCUCUUCGAAGGUAAGAUAUUCUUCAUUACGCCUCAGGUGAAACCAUCCAGCAAGGAUGUAAAACAGAUGAUCGAACUGAGCGGUGGGGUGGUGGAGAAACAUCCACGUUCGGUCAAGAAGAUUCGGGAAACGAAUUUGGAAAAGCCGGGCACUUAUGUGAUCAUUGGCUGCCCGGAAGACCGAAUCUUCAUUCAACCGUUCAUCCAAAAGGGCAAACAUGGUGCGUGUCAGAUCUGCACGACCGAAUACGUGAUGCAAUCGAUACUGCUGCAAAAGUUGACGAUCGAGCCGCAUAUUAUCAAAUGGGAACUCGGCUCGUAAGGUAGAAGAUAAGUGUUUUCUCUGUACGUGUAGCAUUGGAAGCAAUAACAAAAAAAAAAUGUAUUUAUCAUCGCGAAACGCUAUUGAAUAGUGAACAAAAUGUCUUAGAGUGUACUAUGAUUGAGGUCAGUAGAACUCAUAUACUAUAUAAGGGGCUGUCGAAGUUAUGUGGAAGAUUAUUUAAAGUUACUGUCUCAUGAGGAUAUAUUUUCGAAAAAUGCUUAUAUAUGUGUAUAAAUUUAAAAAGGAAAAUAGACAUGGAGGAAAUGUAAAGCGGGUUUGAGAUAGUUUGAAGAGUAACAGAGAAGGUUUGAGGUACAUAUAUAUAUAUAUAUUACAUGUAACAGUAAAGUUCACGAGUGCAUUUUAUCACCCUUCUAGAGUACGUACAAUACGAACGACACAGUAUACAUUAUAGAAACAUACCACGUAGUCAGAUUAUCGAUUAUCAAUCUAAGGAUUUUGAGUCAACAAACUGGUAGGACAUUGAUCGCAGAAAUAUGAUGCUAAUUUAUGAAA